AUGCCGCUGCAGGCGUUCUGCUUCCCCUUCCCAGAAACUAGAUUCUUUAAAGCUGGUAGUUUCAUCUACAAGUUCAAGAUCAGAGGAGGCAACAGCUACAGUGGGGAGGAGGUUAAAGAAGAAGAGCGCUUCAAUCAGGAACUGGAGGAAAUUAUUAGAACAGUUCUCGGCAACCUGGACGGCCUCCAGCCCUUCUCCACCGCCCACUACACCGUCUUUCCGUAUAAGAAGCGGUGGGAGAGAGUGUACAAACACAGCGACAACCUGACAGUCUACCCGUUUGUUCUGAUCCUCUACCUGGAGAAAAACAUGCAGGAUGGAAAUCAAGCCGAGGAGCAGAAAGAGGCAGCUCAGCAUGAAUCCUACACCUGUGGGCCUCAGCCGAAGCGCUGUAGGAGAGAUUCACCACUAGAGGAGGCCAUAAUAAAGGACUUACUGGCAGACAUGGAGGCUGAAAGCAGGGUUUCUGUAACACGCAAGCUUGACAUUUGGCCCGCACACGGAGAGGUCAAAGAACAUCCAGGACGCGUCGACGAGACAGAGACCAGGGAUGUUAACAAACAGGGAUCAGGUGUAAGCAGAAGAAGUGUGAGUCCAGGUGGGACGACACAGGACACAGAGGACGAGGAGUACGAGGAGGAGGAGACACCUGGGACGCCUGAGAGACCGGGGAUCCUGAGCCGACUGGCCAGCCACGUCUUCUCCUUGUUCUUCAAAGACCCCUGAGAGCUGAAGGUUUCAUAGCGAGAGCACUGGUUUGUUUUAAGACUGCUGAACAGAUGGAGAGACCGCGCCAUGCUUUUGUUGUAGCUUCUCAUUUACACUA